GUCAAUGCUGGAUGGCAGCCGCUCCUCAUUGGCCCUUCAAUUAAGGCAUGGAAGCAGUACCGAAAGAAGUGCCGCACGACAGAGAACCACACACACACACACACACACAUACACACAUGCAUUCACACGCGCAUACACCCACGUAUAAUCAAUACUACAAAAAAUGGGGCUAGAUAGAUACAGAGAGAAGAAACACACCCAUAAACCUUAAUGACGUCCUGUUCUCCACACCGAUAGACUAUGCCUCCACAAAUCUAACGAGCAGCGACCGACGAACACGCCAGGUCGCCCUCACUGCAGCCAGCCGCUGCCCGCAUACACACCUGUCUCUGUCUGUUUCUCUGUCUCUCUGCGCUCGCUCUAUCCGCUCAGCGCUUCCACCACGCCAACGAGCACUCCGGCUGUGCGAGGAUACAUCUCACCCACAGUCUUCCCUGCCCACACCAUCCGCUCCGUCGUCCUGACCUCGGGAGGGUCCUGUGUGCCUGACAGCCCCAGCCCGACAUAGACUGCAAACUCAUCGGUCGCCUUGCACCCACACAGGAUCACCAUCUUCACACGCCGGCCGCCCCCUCCGCUCUCACACGCGUCCACCAGGCGACGGCCUCCCCAGGUGACGCCCCCCGCCUGGCCGAUGCUGUCCUUCAGCCGCUGCUGGUCGGCCACCGGGAUCAGGUCACUGACGUCGUGAGGAAUCAGGGAGGCGUCAGACGCCGCUGAGACCAAAUCGCUGCGCGAUAGAAAGACCAGGUCCGUGAAGGAUGCAGCUACCAGGUUGCAACCUAGGUUGCAACGCACACACACACACACACACACAGAGAGAGAGAGAGAGGGUCACGAGAGAGAGCGUGUUCCCGGUGUGUGUGUGUCGACGUGGCUGACAUACACUGAGUGGGAGGGUCCGAUGCGUUGAAGUCGAUGGCCAGGGGGAUGCUGGCAGGCAUCGUGUCGGGGGUCAGAAAGGUGAUUGGUCGCGACAUCAUCGGCGGCCCGAGGCGGUCUUGCCCCGCGACACGGCUCAGGCGACUGUGCGGACUCAUCCACGUGAAUCGGUGGCUGAAGAGCGAGUACUGCCGCACAGCAUCGGGCCGAGAAUCAAACACCGCCCUGCUGCCGACUCGUCGCAGAUCGUCAGCCGAGACGGUGAUGGGCAGUGAGAGGAUGAGGUGGGAAUUCUUGAUGAAGUAGAUGAGCGGCACGGAGCGCUCCCAACAGCCGCCCUCCUCGAUGACGUACAGGAGCCGCAAGAGAUACUCAGGAUGGCUGAUGCUCUUGCCACCGUCGGCAAGCGCCCCACGCACUUCGCUCCACAGGUACAUUCUGUCGGCCCUUGAUCCCGUCACCGCUGACGUCACCAUAGCCCACGCACGGCGCGCAGAGGGAGCGAUGUUGGCCGCCAUAAAUCUGAAGGCGGCCACCGGUAGGAGUGCAAGUGCCAGCAGGGAGGGGUGGCGUCCUAGGAAGGUGCCGAAAGCCGUACCAAAGGCGCAUCCUCCUCUGAUGAGAAGAAACCACACCACGGGGAGCACCAGCAUCGCGUACCGUGGUCCAAACAGC